AUGUCCCUCAGUGAUCUCGGCCAUGACUAUUCGCGUUACCCGUUCCGUCAUCGAAAUUCUUAUGUGGAGUCAUCGCCGCCGCCACCUCCUUCGUCCAGAAGUGCUCUGGUCGACAGCUCUGGUGGCCCAUUGCUUCCUGCGGCUUCGCCCGUCAAGAAUCCUUUCAAUGACUCGGCCCGCGCCUCGACCGAGUUUGACCGUGAGAAGGUCUUUUCACCCUUUAUUGACGACCGCAUCAGCGUUCCCAUCUCCCACACGGACGGCUUUCCCAUGUUUGUCGAUGAAAAGGAAUGGGACGAUGAGUUACACAUGCCCGAGCCAGAUGACGAUGAAAAGUUCCGCCCCAAGAUGAAGGACUACAUGGGGCGCCAGGCCGUUAUAUCCUUUAUUGGGUUGGUCCUCUUGAUUCUUGGGCUGCUUUGCAUCUUCAUCGUCUUGCCGGUGGUCACAUUUACCGGCAUUACAGCACCGUCUGGCAAAAAUUCGUCGGCAACGUAUCCCACUGAGAGACCUUGGACGUGGGUCAACGACGUCAAGUAUCCUCUGUUUACGAAUAUGCGAACCUCACUUAUUGACCCAGCCACCCCCUCGUCUGCAAUGACUCGUCCUGGGCUUAACGGUAACACGCUCAACCUUGUCUUCAGCGACGAGUUUACCAAACCCAAUCGAAGCUUCUACCCGGGUGACGAUCCGUAUUGGACGGCUCCCAACAUUUGGUAUGGCGCGACUCAGGAUCUGGAAUGGUAUGACCCAGAUGCAGUUACCACCUACAAUGGCACGCUUCAGCUACGACUCGAUCAGACGCUGAAUCAUAAUGUGCAAUUUCGGUCGGGUAUGUUGAAUAGCUGGAACCAAAUUUGUUUCAAAGGUGGUGCACUUGAAGUCGCUCUCUCCUUGCCGGGCCCUUCUGGCGUUCCAGGAUUGUGGCCUGGCGUCUGGACAAUGGGUAACCUUGGUAGACCAGGCUACAAGGCUUCGACCGAAGGAGUGUGGCCCUACACGUAUGAUUCGUGCGAUGCUGGCAUUACGCCCAAUCAAUCUUCGCCGGAUGGCAUUUCGCAUUUGCCUGGCCAAAGACUGUCAUCUUGCACCUGUCAAGGGGAGGACCACCCCACCCCUGGCACGGGAAGAGGCGCUCCAGAAAUCGACGUAAUCGAAGCCAGUGUGGAUCCAAACAACUUUAUUGGCGUUGUGACGCAGUCUUAUCAGGUUGCACCAUAUGAUAUUUGGUAUAAUCCAAAUUACGAUUUCAUGGCCAUUCCAAACGUGAAUACGACCACGAUGAACGCCUGGUGCGGUGGACCAUUUCAGCAGGGUAUCUCUGGAACAACCUUGCUCAAUAAUGACUGGUACGAUGGCAACGAGUACCAAAAAUAUGCCUUUGAAUACACUCCUGGAACCAGCAAUGGCGAAAUUGCCUGGUUUGUGGGAGACGAUGUGUCUUACAUGAUGAGUGGCCAGGCGGUUGGUCCAAACGGUAACAUUGGGAGCCGCCAAAUUUCGGAAGAGCCGAUGAGUAUCAUUUUGAAUUUGGGCAUCAGUAAUUCAUGGACUUGGAUCGAUUGGGCGCGACUCACAUUCCCGACCGUGAUGCGCAUCGACUAUGUUCGAUGGUAUCAACCAGAAGGCGAGGAAGUGGUGACGUGCGACCCCCCCGGCUAUGAGACGACAGAAUACAUUAGCAAUCAUCCAUUGGCGUACAAUAACCCCAAUCUCACUCAAUGGAAUGAAACUGGCUACUCUUGGCCGAAGAAUUCGCUCAUGCAUGGCUGUUAG